CGCGCUUUCUGGAAUUUUCUAUCCUAUUUUCUCUCCCUUUCGAUAUAAAUAAACGAACCAAUAAAAAGCCGCCUUCGUUGAUUCCGCCCUGUCUCCUCUCCCUCCCCCCUCGCUCUCGUUCUCGAAUCGAUUUACUUCGCGACCUCGUCGUGCGGUCUAAUCGAUCAAUAUUUCAAUUGUGAUUUUGGGCAUCGAAUCAAAAAAUAAGGAAAAUUCAGAAUGAGCGAAGUUUUUGAAGGCUACGAGCGGCAGUAUUGUGAGAUCUCCGCGGCUCUCUCGCGGAAGUGCACAUCGGCUGCUCUUCUCGAUGGAGAGCAAAAGAAGCAGAAGGUUUCGGAAAUUAAAUCUGGAGUGGAUGAUGCUGAAUCUUUGAUCCGAAAAAUGGAUCUCGAGGCAAGAAGUUUGCAGCCCAGUGUGAAAGCUGGAUUGCUUGCAAAGUUGAGGGAGUACAAGUCAGACUUGAAUAAUUUGAAAAGUGAGCUAAAAAAGAUUACUACUGUCAAUCCUAAUCAAGCGGCGAGGGAGGAUCUGCUUGAAUCAGGAAUGGCCGACACACUGAUGGUCUCCGCUGAUCAAAGAGGAAGGUUGAUGAUGUCAACAGAGAGAUUGAAUCAAUCUACUGAAAGGGUAAAGGAAAGUAGAAGAACAAUUUUGGAGACAGAAGAACUUGGCGUGUCAAUUCUUCAAGACCUGCAUCAACAACGUCAAUCUCUCUUGCAUGCUCAUAAUACACUGCAUGGAGUGGACGACCACAUCGGUAAGAGUAGAAAAAUCCUGACAGCCAUGUCGAAGAGAAUGGACAGGAACAAGUGGAUCAUCGGUGGCAUCAUUGUAGCGCUGGUUUUGGCAAUUGUGUUGAUCCUAUAUUUCAAGCUCAGGCAUUGAGUAGUAUUGAACGGAUCAAACUUUGUACAUCUCCUGCCUCGUGUGAAUCAGUUCUUCCAAUCAUUUCCUACUUUGAUGUUCCGUUUGGAUCCAGAUUUAUCAUUUGUUUGAUAUGGAAAACGUGUGUUUUCUUUACGCAGACAUAUAAAACACAUGUAUAAAUGUUUGUCAAACCAAAACUUGUUUAAAUAUAAAGUGUGUUGAUUUGCUUUUCAA